AUGGAUGGACAACAACAGAGUCAUUGGCUUUGUGAUGUGAUCCAGUAUCAGGCAGUUGGAUGGCACCAGAAUGACACCACAGUCGUCAAGCAUAACGCCAUACGCACGCCCAUAAAACAACCAACCUCAUCCUACCAAGACACCUUCCCGGGAACAUACAGACCGGACAUUAAACCCAUGACCCGCAAACAAAUCUGCAGAGUAGCCGUAAUUGGCGCCGGAAUCAGCGGUGUCGUCUCUGCCGCACACCUGCUACAGAACGGCAUCGAAGUAGUCGUGUUCGAGAGGAAUCCAGCCGCAGGCGGAGUCUGGCUUCACGACGACCGACAACCGCUGGAACCACCAUAUCCCUCCAUCAAACCAUCCACCGCCGACCAGCCAGACAUAACACCUGGAUCACCCAACGAGCAUGUCACCCUCAAACACGCGCCGCCUGGUCCGGCCUACGACAGCCUGAAGAAUAACGUGUCGACGCCGUUGAUGCGGGUGAAGCUCGGUCCGUGGCCCGAAGGCACACCAGACUAUGUCAGUCAUACUGUUAUGAAGGAGUAUAUACAGACUAUUUCUCAAAGAAUGGGCGUCGAAGACGCGACUAUCUACGGGGCUCGAGUGACGGAUGUCUAUAAAAAGGGGGAUGCGUGGAGGGUACAUUGGACGGUAUUACGAGACCGCGCCGGAGUUGUGGAGAGGUACCAGGAUGAGUCGUCUCAGGUCUUUGAUGCGGUCGUAGUCGCCUCUGGGCAUUAUCAUGCGCCACGCGUCCCUGAUAUCCCUGGGUUGUCGGAUGCGAAGGCUCGGUGGCCUGCGCGGAUCGUUCACUCGAAGGCGUAUAGAAAGCCGGAUAUUUACAGAGAUAAGACGGUUCUGUUAAUCGGAGGCGGCGUCUCGUCUACCGACAUCGCUCGAGAUAUUGGACCAUACGUCAAAACAGUCUAUCAAAGCACUAGAAACGGUGACUUUGACAUCCCAGCUACAAUGCUGCCAGAGAACGGCGUGAGAGUCGGCGAAAUAUCGAGUCUCGAGGCACAAGACAACACAGACUCGCCGCCCUUUACAGUCCACCUCAAAACAGGCCAGACGCUCCACGGAAUCGACAACAUCAUCAUCUGCACUGGAUACCACAUAACCCUACCAUUCCUACAGCCCUAUCACGACGACGACACCGCCCCAGAGGACGCAGACGAAACUAUCCUAGUCACCGACGGAACACAGGUCCACAAUCUGCACAAGGAUAUCUUUUACAUCCCCGAUCCCUCGCUUGCCUUCGUUGGGAUUCCGUACUAUACCGCGACGUUCACGUUGUUCGAGUUCCAGGCCAUUGCGGUUGCGGCUGUGUUUGCGGGAGUAGCUACCUUGCCGGAUGACAUGCGAGUCGAGUAUGAGGAAAAGAAGAGACAGCUCGGGAGCGGGAGAAAGUUUCAUUCUUUGAGGGAUAGGGAAGAGGAAUAUGUUCGUGAGCUGGUGGAGUGGGUGAAUGAUGGUAGGGUGAAGCGCGGUCUCCCGGAAAUUGAGGGACAUACACGUUCCUGGCGCGAGGCCAAGGCAGCGCAGAGUGAAAGACUGAGGAUGAUUUUUGGGUCUGACUCGGGGAAGGGAAAAAGAUAG